CGUCCACCCACAGCCGGCGGAGCCCUAUCCCCUCAGCAAAAGCCAGAUGCUGCCGCCGCCGCGGCCACUAGAUAUACUAAAUAUUUAUACGCCCCGCCCCCUUAAUCCCGAGACCGCCCCCUUCUCAAUCUCGCCUCCUGUCGUCUCGUCGCUGCACAGGUUUCGAGUGGAAGGAAGGGCGGAAGAUGGCGCAGGCGGUGGUGCCGGCUAUGCAGUGCCAGGUGGGAGUGAAGGCGGCCGUCCGUGCGAGGCCUGCGGCGGCGGGGGCUGGCGGUAGGGUGUGGGGCGUCAGGAGGAGCGGCCGCGGCACGUCGGGGUUCAAGGUGAUGGCCAUGGGCAUGUCGACCUCCGGCGUGGUGCCGCGCCUCGAGCAGCUGCUCAACAUGGACACCAAGCCCUACACCGACAAUAUCAUCGCUGAGUACAUCUGGGUUGGAGGAUCUGGAAUUGACGUCAGAAGCAAAUCGAGGACAAUAUCGAAACCAGUUGAGGAUCCCUCGGAGCUACCGAAAUGGAACUAUGAUGGAUCAAGCACAGGGCAAGCUCCAGGAGAAGACAGUGAAGUCAUCCUAUAUCCCCAGGCUAUCUUCAAGGAUCCAUUUCGAGGUGGCAACAACAUAUUGGUUAUCUGUGAUACCUACACGCCAGCUGGGGAACCCAUUCCUACUAACAAACGCCACAGGGCUGCACAAAUAUUCAGCGACCCAAAGGUCGUUAGCCAAGUGCCAUGGUUUGGCAUUGAGCAGGAGUACACUUUGCUCCAGACAGAUGUGAAUUGGCCUCUUGGCUGGCCUGUUGGAGGCUACCCUGGUCCCCAGGGUCCAUACUACUGCGCGGUAGGAGCAGACAAAUCAUUUGGCCGUGACAUAUCAGACGCUCACUACAAAGCAUGUCUUUACGCUGGAAUCAACAUUAGUGGAACAAACGGGGAGGUCAUGCCUGGUCAGUGGGAGUAUCAAGUUGGACCUAGCGUUGGAAUUGAAGCAGGAGACCACAUAUGGAUUUCAAGAUACAUUCUCGAGAGAAUCACGGAGCAAGCUGGUGUGGUGCUUACCCUUGAUCCAAAACCAAUUCAGGGUGACUGGAAUGGAGCUGGCUGCCACACAAACUACAGCACAAAGAGCAUGCGUGAAGAUGGAGGAUUUGAAGUGAUCAAGAUAGCAAUCCUGAACCUUUCUCUUCGCCAUGAUUUGCAUAUUAGUGCAUAUGGAGAAGGGAAUGAAAGGAGGUUGACAGGGUUACAUGAGACAGCGAGCAUUGACAACUUCUCAUGGGGUGUGGCAAACCGUGGCUGCUCUAUUCGGGUGGGACGAGAUACUGAGGCAAAAGGGAAAGGCUACCUGGAAGACCGUCGCCCGGCAUCAAACAUGGACCCAUAUGUUGUGACAUCGCUACUGGCUGAAACCACAAUUCUUUGGGAGCCAACCCUCGAAGCAGAGGCUCUUGCCGCUAAGAAGUUGGCGCUGAAGGUAUGAAAGACAUAAAGAAUCGUUCAGGCGAAUAAAUCCAUCCACAACAAAAUUGACUAUUGUCCAUCGGUCUGGAUCUUGUGAUUCUGUUCGGCGCCAUUCUGUACAGAUUUACAGUUUGUGGGUCCACGUUGUCUUUGGUUCAUCGGUUACCUUUUGCUUCAACAUCACAUUUUGUCUUGGUCUGUACUUGACUGCAUUUGGGAGUGAAAAUGACGGACAGUAAAAUACAUUCGGUUACUGUGGCCCUUCA